GCUGUUGCCUAUGCUGGAGUGCAGUGGCAUGAUCUCAAGCUCCCUGCAACCUCUGUCUCCCAGGUUAAGCAGUUCUCAUGCCUCAGCCUUCUGAGUAGCUGGGACUACAGACACCCACCACCACGUCCAGCUAAUUUAUUUAUUUAAUUUUGAGAUGGAGUUUCGCUCUUGUUGUCCACUACUAAUUUUGUGUUUUUAGUAGAGGGGGUUUCUCCAUGUUGGUCAGGCUGGUCUCGAAAUCUUGACCUCAGGUCAUCUGCUCUCCUUGGCCUCCCAAAGUACUAGGAUUACAGGUGUGAGCCACCAUGCCUGGCCAAUUUUUGUAUUUUUAGUAGAGGAGUUUCACCAUAAUUGGCUAGGCUGGUCUCGAAUUCCUGACCUCGUAAUCGCCCCCCUUCCCCCAAAAGUGCUGGGAUUACAGGCGUGAUGUCUUUUCAGUAACGUCUUUUCAGUUAUGUUUUUACAAAACUCAGUGCAGGCAGGACGCGGCGGGGGCUCAUGCUUGUAAUCCCACCUACUCAGGAGGCGGGAGCGGAAGGUUCUCUUGAGCCCAGGAAUUGAAGACCAGCCCGGACGACAUAGCGACACCACAGCUCUCCGAAAAUAUUUAAAAAUUAGCUGGUCGUUGGGGCGGGCGCCUGUGGUCCCAGCUGCUCCGGAAGCGGAGCCUGGAGGAUUGCAUACGCCUGGGAGGUUGAGGCUACAGUGAGCUGUGACUGCGCCACUGCACUCCAGCGUGGGUAACAGAGCCUGCCUUAUUAAAAAAAAAAAAAGUCCUCUAAGGGAUACGAGGCUGUGUGUGAUAGUAAUUUUCUUUUAGUUUGCACUUUUAUUCACCCCCAAAUUCUGUGUAUUGCAAGGAAGUCUGAAAUUUUGAGAAGUCAGCACCAUCCCCCGACAUCGUGACUACAGCUGCGUUGUUUUCCGGAAGAACUACUGCGCCAUGAGCUCACUUGCCUUUCCAGGCCUGCCACGCAGGCGUCCUCCGCUCUCUUUUGUCCGCUUUCGGGUCUGCGCUUGCAGAGAAAUGCCUGACGCGCCCCCUACCGGCUGGAGGACGCAGCUCCAGGCGGGGAGAAGUGAGUGUUCCUUCGUGGAGCCUGACGGGAAACCGCCCCUACCGGUCUUUGGCGCGGGGCGCAGUAGCGGUAGCGACGAGUGCUGUCGCGCAUGCGCGGCCAAGGUCCGGGAGUGGCAAGGCUGGGGCGCGGACGGGCUGCCGCUCGGGUCAAAGAGUACGCCGAGGCCGCGGGAGUUGGGGGCCGCGUCCUGAAUUCUGGCGCGGCCUUGGCCUUGGCCCUUUCGUGCGUAGGAGACAGCGCGCCAGGCUGGCAGCCAGCUUUGGCGGCGUUUGCCGCUUUUGUCCGACGCCACUGCGCGGCCUAGUGUGGACUACCGGGACGCUUCGCGCUCCGGGUGGGAGGCGGUCUCCGCCCGCUCUGGCACAGCACGGGAGCUGGGCCUCGGGGCUCACCGCUUUGCCUGCCUUCUAAAAGCUCAUUCGGCGGAAGUCCAGCGUUGCAUUGUUACAGCACUGAGCCCCAGACAUCGUUACCAAGUAUAAUGCGGGCUCUGUUUUAUCCUGGGGCACUUGUAGUCAGGGUUCGUGGGUUCGCGCUUCAUAAUGGAGGGCCCCGGGUCGCGUCUCAACCUUCCAGCCAGUGUGUUCUCAGUGGUCUUGGUUGGGUUUUAGAAGAACCAACUCGAGAUUCUCCGGGAUAGGGAGCUCCAAGCCUUGGGGCCCUGAUGUAAAAUGAUUUUGUCUAUAGGGUCAGAUCCUGGGUUUCUAAAAACAAAUCAGCUCUUGUGAGGUAGAGGAAUGAUGGCCCCCACCUGAACGGAGACCUCUCACCAGAGCUUCACAGCAGUGGAGAACGAGGUUGAGAAAGCGCACAGCUCAGAUUUGCACAGAGAGAGGCAAUAUGUAAUGCCGGUGCUCCACAAGCCACCCCAGCUGACUAAAAGGGAGGUUUGCUCCAGCUGUCAGAGAGGUGAGCUGGACCUAAGGCUAGGGUCAGUCUUGCCCAGGAAAUGUCUCUUCAUCUUCAGGGUUGAGAGAAUCUGGUUGGGGGCGGUGGGAGGGGGAGCGGGCGGAAUGCUACCUACCUCUAAGAAAAUUAUUUUUCUUUUUCUUUUUUUUUUUGAGGCAGAGUGUUGCUCUGUCGCACAGGCUGGAGUGCAGUGGCGCAAUCUCCAUUCACUGUACCGGUGCCUCCCGUGUUCAAGCGAUUCACCUGCCUCCGUCUCGAGUAGCUGGGAUUACAGGCGCGCGCCACCACGCCCAGCUAAAUUGCUUAUUUUUAGUAGAGACAGGGUUUCACCAUGUUGGCCAGGCUGAUCUCGAACUCCAGACUUCAGGUGAUCUGCCUGUCUCCGCCUCCCAAAGUGUUGGGAUUACAGGCGUAAGCCACUGCUCCUGGCCAAGAAAAUUCUGUGUUAAACACCCCAAACAACCUUUGAGUUUUUCUGAAUUAUCUACUCUUUUCAGAUCCUGAGAGCCCUCCAUACUAUGCCCAUUACCGCAGGUGGCCUUGAGAGAUGUCGGUGCUUCCGCCAUGUUGACUCAGAAAGUAGUGCAGGAAACAGUUUCCUGGAUUCCAAUUUCUGCCUGACAUGAAAGAUGAAAACCACUGAGCUCCAGAAGGGUGACAUGUCCAGAUGACUUAGUAGACAGUCUUCAGUAUUUCAAUGAGUACCGGAAAUCAGUGCAGUCUGCUGCCUGUAAUUGAGCACUUCAUGUGGAUGGAGUACUCAGUCAAUACGUUUCUAGGGAUGGAGACACCUUGGCCCUAUAAACCUCAUUCUGUUGGUCCCAGUUGAUCCAGGCAUAGAAGCUGGGAUAGCUGGAUGAAAGAAUGGAUUAUAUCACCUUCGGAUAAACUCUUUAAAUGCAGCAGUUGAUGCUUGCAAACUAAUGGGUGAAAAGAAAUUUCACCGUAUAAUUAUGGAAGAUAAACGUAUUUUCUGGAACUCCAAAAUAACUGAUAUAAGGGAUGUUGUCACCAUGCAAGAUUAUAUGCAAGGAUCAGUGUCCUUCAGUGAUGUGGCUGUGGGCUUCACCAAGGAGGAGUGGCAGCAUCUGGACCCUGCUCAGAGGACCCUGUACAGAGACAUGAUGUUGGAGAACUACAGCCUCCUCAUCUCAUGGGGGUAUUGCAUUACCAAACCAGAGGUGGUUUGUAAGUUGGAGCAUGGAGAGGCGCUGUGGAUAUUAGAAGAAGAAUCCCCAAGUCAGAGCUACCUAGACUGCUGCAUAGAUGAUGACCUGAUGGAGAUGAGACAGGAAAAUCAAGACCAGCAUUUGUGGAAAGUUGAUUUUGUCAACAACAAAAUGCUUACUAAGGACAGAAAUGGUGUAUUAGGAAAAACAUUUUAUCUUUACACAAACCCCGUUCUAUUAAGAAAAAUACGUAGCAACUGUGACUCAUAUGGAGUGAGUUUGAAUUAUAUUUCAGAAUUAAUUAUUAGUAAUAGAAGCCUCUGUGUAAGGAAGCCUGAUGAGUAUAAUGCACAUGGGGAAUUUCUACUCUGCACGAAGCAGGAGAAUCCUUAUACCAGAGGGAAACCUUUGGAAUAUGAUAGAAAUGGGAAAGCCAUCGCUCAGAAUGAGGACCGAUUUAGUCAUCAGUAUAUUUAAAUUCUGAAGCAAUGUUUUGAAUAUAAUCAGUGUGGGAAGGCUUUUCAUGAAGAGGCAGCCUGCAGUAACAGGGUAUGCCCAUGGGAGAAGCCCUGUGAAUAUAAUGAACGUGUGAGAACCUUUUCCAAUAGACCAAUAUUCAUUGUUCAUCAGAGAACUCACAUAAGGGGGAAUCACUAUGAAUUCAGUGAAUGUGAGUGGAGGUCUGCUGGUGAGAAGCCACCUGCAAAUAAAUACCACAGAGUUAUGGAUAUGAAAUAUUAUGAGUGUAAUGCGAGUGAGAAUCCUUUUGGCAAGAAAUUACUCCUCUCUCAACGAAGUUACAGAGGAGAGAAAACUUUUGACUGUAAUAGAGAUUUGGAAGUAUUCUACAAGAAGCCAAAGUUCACUCAGCAUCAAGAAACACAUAUAGGAAAAAAUGCCUAUAAAAUUAAUCAGUAUGCUAGUACAUUUUGCAAUAAGCCAAAGCUUUCUGUAUAUCAGAAAACAGAUGUAGGAGAAAAACUCUAUGAAUGUAAUGAAUGUGGGAAAACCUUCAGCAAUAAAUCCUCUUUCAUCCUACAUCAGAGGAUACACAGAGGAGAGAAACCCUAUGAAUGCACUGAAUGUGGGAAAACUUUUGGAUAUAGGUCAUUCCAUGCAGUACAUCAAGGAACACAUACAGGGGAGAAACCCAAUGAAUGUGGAAAAAAACUUCUGUGAGGAGUCAAAUCUUCAUGUACAUCAGAGAACAUACACACGAGAGAAACCCUAUGGAUGUAAUGAAUGUCAGAAAGCCUUUGGUGAUAGGUCAGCUCUAACAGUACAUCAGAGAAUACAUACUGGCCAGAAACUCUAUGAAUGUAAGGAAUGUGGGAAAACUUUCUCCCAGAAGCCAAACUUCAUUGAUCAUGUGAUUAAUGAACUCAUACAGGAGAGAAACCCUAUGAAUGCAGAGAAUGUCAAAAAUCCUUCUCUGUGAAGUCAAAACUUAGAGAACAUCAGAGAAUUCACAUAGGGGGGAAUCCCUAUGAAUGUAAUGAAUGUGAGAACACGUUCUACCACAAGUCAUCCCUCACAGCACAUCAGGAGAACUCACAC